AUGCGUGAAGAUCCUGAAAUCCCUGAAAUUCCUCUUCCUGCAUUGAAUACUCCUCAUCCGAAUGCGCAAACUGUGGAACAGAAAGCCAUCAUUGUUCCGACUGAGGCUACCGUGGGAGAGCCGGCUGAAGGAUUUGUCUUGGAGGAGCUGGAAGAUGUGGAGCCGCAAGUGAAACGGCGACGUCAACAGAAGCUCAUCAUCGACAAGAAGACCGAGCUGAGCACAGAGUACAUGCGCGUCAGGAUUGACGAUAUAUCCGUCCAAUUACGAUGCCAAGAUAGUUCGGAGGACGUGGUGAAUAUCCGAGUACCCGCUCGUACUUACCUAAGUCGGCCCGCUCACGCUGGAUACCGCUCUAACAUGUCUCAAGUUUUGUCACGGCUUUUCCUACGCAAUCUGAGAGUUUUAAAUAGAACGCCGAUGGCCGACAGAGAAAUGGAGGCAAAACGAUGUCGCACUAUGUGCUAUGUACCGUAUAGACACAGCCGGGAGCUAGUCGUAGAGGAGGCCGUCUCUGCUCACGAUAUUGGAAUAUGGACAAACCUGGUCCAAAAAAGCGAAAAAAAGCUCAGAAAAAUCAGAAAAAGCAGUCAGUGA